AUGUCUCAACGCUGGCAUAAUUACACUAAUGAACUUUGUCAGAUUGAUCAGCUCAAGGUAGUGCGCAAGGUGAAGGAUCAUCCGUGCAACAGUUUCGAAUUACAUGGGUUUUGUGACGCCUCCAUGAACGCCUAUGGAGCUUGCAUUUAUGUAAGACAAUUACAACCGGACAACACCUUCACAUGUCAUCUUCUGAUCGCGAAGGCUCGAGUAGCACCUCUAAAGGCAUUGUCUAUUCCAAGGUUGGAAUUGUGUAGUGCUCAUGUGUUGGCAACGUUGAUGGCUAAGGUGAGAAAGACAUUAGAUGUAAGCUCAAAUUGUUGUACAUGUUGGACAGAUUCAUCAGUUGCGUUAACAUGGAUCCGAGGAAUCUCAAGUCAAUGGAGCACCUUUGUUGCAAAUCGUGUAUCUGAAAUUCAGACAUUAACAGAAGAAAUGACUUGGCAACAUGUUAGGACGAAGUUCAAUCCUGCAGAUCUAGCGUCCCGAGGUGUAAAGGUACAAGACCUAUUACACUCAAAUCUCUGGUGGUACGGUCCAACCUUUCUCCAGCAGCCAAAAACAGAGUGGCCGGCAGAAUGUUCAUCUGCACCAUCAAGUGAACUUCUUGAAAAACGUCCAGUUCAAUUUGCGCUCUUGGUUCAAACUCAAGAAAAUAGUAUUCUAGCUAAAUACUCAAGUUGGACAAAAUUAAUUCGCAUUACAGCAUAUUUAAAAAGAUUCAUACACAAUACCCACCAUAAAUGUCGAAACAGUCUCAUUGGUCCACUGUCAGUAACAGAAUUAAAGACUGCCAGAGAUGUAUGGAUAAGGAUUGCUCAAACAGAGGCAUUCUACGAUGAAGUCAAGUCGCUUAAACAAGGCAAGUCAUUAUCAUCACAUAAUAAACUUAUCACACUAAGUCCGUUUCUGGAAGAAGGUAUCAUCAGAGUGGGUGGACGGUUGCAAAGAUCACACCUACCCAUUAACCAACGUCAUCCAGCAAUUCUACCAAAGAAGCAUAACGUUACGGAACUAAUUUUCACAGAAUAUCAUAUAAAGUAUCUGCACGCCGGUCCCCAAAACCUCUUAACAAGAGUACGUCAAGAAUUUUGGCCACUUGAUGCAAUGAAAACUGCUCGACGUAUUGUUCAUUGUUGUCAAAUCUGCUAUCAUGCAAGACCCCAGUCAUUUCAGCCCAGCAUGGGAGAACUACCUCGGCUCAGGGUAACACCCAGCAGACCUUUCACAGCAACGGGUGUAGAUUUUGCUGGCCCAAUACAAAUAUAUUCUGGACCAAGAAAUCGAACGGUAACCAAGGCUUACAUUGCAGUAUUUGUGUGCUUCAGCACGCGUGCGAUUCACCUCGAGGCAGUGAGUAAUCUCUCAGCACAAGCCUUUUUGGCUGCAUUACGUAGAUUCUUCGCGCGACGAGGUCAAAGUGCUCAUAUUCACUCGGACAACGGAACCAAUUUCCACGGCGCCAGGGCAGAGUUAAGACGCUAUUACACGGAACACUGUCAGAACAACAAAACCAUAAUUGAGUCCCUAGCAACAGAUGGUACCGAGUGGCAUUUUAAUCCACCCAGUGCACCACAUAUGGGUGGACUAUGGGAGGCGGCAGUAAAGUCUACCAAACACCAUCUUCUACGCAUCACAGGGUCAGCCAAACUUAACUUUGAAGAACUAACCACCAUGCUAUGUCAAAUUGAAGCAUGCUUGAACAGUAGACCACUAACAUCACAGUCUAGUGACCCAGAAAGUUUUGCUGUGCUGACACCUGCUCACUUUUUAGUAGGUGGUUGUCUGACUCUACCUCCUGAACCUCAACAUCCAGAACAACCUGUCAAUUACUUAAAACGAUGGCAACUAGUCCAAGGCAUGACUCAAGGGUUUUGGCGACGGUGGUCGUCCGAAUAUCUCAGAUCCCUCCAACCACGGAAGCGUUGGACCACGGCUGACAAACUCUCAAUAAAGAUUGGCGAUUUGGUGCUAGUCAUUGAGGACAAUCAACCACCACUCAAAUGGCAUUUGGGCAGAGUAAUGAGGCUGCACCCAGGUUUAGAUAGCAUUGUAAGAGUUGUGACCAUUCAGAUGUCGAGCGGCAGAAUGUUCCAGAGACCCAUCAUCAAAUUGUGUCCACUUCCAUAUGCUGCCAACGAUGAAGUUCCUCCAUCCCUUCAGGAGGGGGAGAAUGUUAUGGCUUAA